AUGUCCUUCCCAGGCUGCCCGGUAUUCGCAAGCACUGGUCUGGUCAACUGGGACCUGAUUAGCAACGUUUUAAACCGUCCGGCGCAACUUCCACAGAUCCGCACCUCCACCAAUGGACAGAAUCUGGGCAUGUUUGCCACCACCUUGCGCUUCCACAAUGGCACUUUCUACUUGAUCGGUGCUUGGGUAGACUCUGAUCACGGGGGCGUCGAGAUUGUCCUUUUCACGACGAUCAACCCAUAUGAUGAUAAUGCGUGGACGAACUCGAUCCGAAUACAAAACCCUACGCGCGCCAUUGAUCCAGAUACUUUCUGGGAUGAUGAUGGCAGCGUCAUCAUGGCCGUGGCGGGGUCCCCCAUCCAAGCAUCCUAUAUUGACUUGGCUACUGGGAACGCGACUAAACCGUUCGAUAUGUGGAAUGGCACUGGCUACAACAACCAAGAGGGACCUCACCUAUACAAGAAAUAUGGUUACUAUUAUCUUCUCAUCGCUGAAGGAGGCACGGAAUUACUCCAUUCGGCCACCAUUGCACGUUCGAGAAGUAUCACGGGGCCCUGGGGGAGUUCCCCUAGCAAUCCCUUGGUCACGGCCAGGUAUACCGAUCGAUACUUCCAGACCGUGGGCCAUGCGGACCUGUUCCAAGAUGAUGCGGGCAACUGGUGGGGAGUUGCUCUGGCGACUCGGGCGGGAUCUGCGCUCUACAACGAAACCACCUACCCUAUGGGUCGAGAGACGGUUCUAUACGCAGUAAGUUGGCCAGACGGCGAUUGGCCCGUGGCUGAUCAAGUAACUGGCGAAAUGAGUGGUCCCCUACCAUCGCGCUCUCCCAAGGCAUCUUCCGUGCCCGCUUUCAUGGGGGAACCCGACAUCGUAGACUUCGCGCCGGGUAGCUCGAUUCCUAAACACUGGGUCUUCUGGCGGGCACCAGCCAAGCCGCAGUCCUUCACGAUCUCUCCUCCUGGCCAUUCUGACACCCUCCGUUUGACUGCUUCCCGAGCCAAUUUAACAGGAGACAAAGACUUCAGCCCUCCUGAUGGCUUAACUUUUCUGGCCCGCCGCCAGACGAACACCCUAUUUGAGUUCUCCGUGGACAUAAAUCCCAAUUUCGCUACAGCCAAGGGAGACGAAAUCGGCGUGACUGCCUUCCUACAUCAAGAUCAACAUGUCGACCUGGGAAUCGUCUCGAUGGGCUCGGUUGCCAAGGGGAAUCUAGGCUUUCGCUUUCGGGCCACGGACCUAGCCGCCGCCGAUUUCACGGUCCCGGCUCCAAAAGUCACGCCCCCUCCCUCCGUCAUGGCUAUCAGGAUCUAUUCGUCUCCACCUCCGUUCUGA